AUGCACCUCAUCAACACCAAGCUGGUUCAACCUAAACAAGAGUUCUUAGUACGACUUGAAGAUCGUCUGUAUGUGAAUGGUUAUCCUGUUAUUUCUGAAUUGGAUGCUGAGGAAGUAAUUCAAGAUUAUCUGAAGGUUCUUCAAAAUGAAGGUUUUACUGUUGAUAGGAGUAUGGUUCCAAAGGCUCCAGUAAACAUGUAUAGACCUAAGAGGAAACUCAAGAGAAAAGCUGAUACUCAGGAGGAUCAAGCUAAGCCAGAUCUUCUUGCUCAGAAGAAGGUUAAAGUUGAGCAAACUCUGGCUGAGCAAAGAACUAAGAAGAAGCAUGAAGCUGCCGCUGACAAAACUGCUGAAGCAUCAUCCAAAAAGCCUAUUGAUCUUGAUGCUGAGGAAAGUGAUUCAGAUGAGACUCAGUCUGAUGAAGAGACUCAAUCUGAUGAAGAAACUCUGGGUGCCCGGCUGCGAAAGAAACAAGUUCCUGAUUCUAAAGGUAAGACUCCUAAGUACGUUUUUAAUGAAGCUGAAAUAGGAGUAGGUUACACUGAACCUCUUAACACUAUACUGCCUGAAACUGAAACCAUCAACAUUCCCUCUGACAAUUCAGAAGAAAAUGAUUGUUCCACUGAUGAAUUAAUCAGACAAGGUAAAGAAAAUCUUGAAAAAUUUACCUCUUCUGAUAACAUUCAGCAGAAGGACAAACGUAUUCCCUCUGAAAAUCCUCUUUCUGAACUUGAAAAACAUCUUAGCCCAGACCCCCUAAAUAAUCACCCUUUCACUCAUGAAACAAGCAAAUAUUCAUCCCCUCCUAAACCAAAAUCACCACAACCUCAACCACAAAUAGAAAUAUCUCCUCAACCAUCUUCUGAACCUCAACAAACUUCUCCUAUCAAACAAACUUCCCCCAGCAAAUCUCCUAAACCAACCUCUGAACCAAAAACUCCUGAACCAACUCCAGAACCAACCUCUGAACACAUAGCAUCUAACCUUAACCCUGACUCAGGUGCUGAACAUGUUUCUCCUGAACGUGUUCACACUUGUGCUCCUAAGCCUUCAGAAGUAGAGAUUAUUCAAAUUGACAACUCUACUCCUACAUCACCUCAACACUCCACAAUUCCACAUAUCUCACCCUCACCUUCUGACCUAUUUGGUAACCUCUCCAAUCAGCUUUAUGAUGAUCUACUUAGGUUGUCAAAUAUUAAGAACAGGUUCUUGGCUUGUCCCUCUGAUGUGGAUAUUGAAGUAUCACUUCUCAAGGCCAAAAUCUGUAAUGCUUUGGAUGCAGUUGGUGAGGAUAUAAAGUCUGUUAUUGGUAAACGGGAUAUGGAGGUUGUUCAUCUGAUGAAGGAAGGUUUAGCACGGGCUAGUUUGAAAAGGUUAACAAUGUACAGUCAUGAGGAAAAUGAGCGUGCUAAGUUUGCUGCUGUGUCUGCUGCUGUGUUGCGUCUGAAUGCUUUCAAGGACUGCUGGGUAGAUUCCAAGCUGUUUAAGAGUCAAGAAGCUCAGAGGAUAGAAACUGAACGUCUGGAUCAAGCUGCUGAGAGGCUUGCUCAAGAAGCUAAUGUGCUGCACCAAGAUGAUGUUCUCAUGCUUGAUUAUCAAGAGGAAGGUGGACCCUUCUCUGAUAAGGGCAAAGCUCCUAUGGAUACAGAUCAGCUGAGGGCUCUUCAGGAAGCAUUGAGGCAACAACAAGAAGCUCUUGAGAGGCAAAGAUCAGAUCAUCUGAAUCUAGAAUCAAAGGUGGAUAAGCUUGACUCCAAAGUGGACUCCUUGAACGACAAAUUUGACAUCCUCUUAGCCUUUCUUCAGAAACCCUAG